AUGAUAAGCCCUCAGAACACAAGGGAUCGUUUGCGCAAUACAAUAAUUUGCAAACUAAUUUCGUUUUGUGGGAGACUCACCCAAAACACAGAUGAGUCUCUCGUUCAUGAUGCUUUCAAGAAAUUGAAUGUGCUGCACCAGGCCGCCUCAUGUUGCAGUUGUUAUGAUAUUCGAGAUACCACGAUACUUACAUAG